AUGCAUGCCCAGAGAAGACUCGGUGAGCUGGAGGAGAAGCAAGAGCAGAUGCGGCAACGCCACCAGUCAGAGCUGGAUGCCCUUCGGGAUCAACUCCGCGAUGAGCGGCGCCGGAGCUGGAAACGGCUCCUGCGGCGUUUGGCCCCGCCUGGUCUUUCUUUGGCAGCUCACCGGGCACGGCCCGCGGCGCCAGGCUCUCUGGCCAGUCCGCUCCCCACGCCCCGAAAGCGACGAAAAGAUGCAAAGACGUCUGGAGAGGAGCCCCUUCUGGUGGAGCAGCCGGCGCGGCGAACGCUGGAGCCGGUGACCAAGGCCGCCCACGCUUCAGGUGAGGAGCGCCAUUGGGAAUCUUACUGA